AUGAAGGUAUCACUUCUUGCCUCCGCGGCGGCUCUUGUGGGCACUGCGCUGGCAGACGUCUCCCCUCAUGACCCAACACACAUGUCCCUCUUCCGGAGGACUAUGGGCGGCCUCGAACGCCGAGCACUUGCCGACUUCUCCGGGGUGGUGAAUGGCACAUUCAACCAGCUAAUUGACCAUACAAACCCUUCAAAGGGCACGUUCAAGCAGCGGUAUUGGUACAACGCCAGGUAUUGGGGCGGCCCGGGGUAUCCCGUCUUCAUGCUGAACGGCGGCGAGUCCACGGCCGACGACGUUUUGGGCUUUUUCGAGAACAACACGCUGCUCUACCACUACGCAGAACAGUUUCAGGGGGCAAUGAUUAUUUUCGAGCAUCGAUACUACGGGGCUUCGCAGCCGUUCCGGGUUAUGACGGCCGAGACUCUGCAGUACCACACCGUACCUCAGUCCAUCUACGACAACAAGUACUUCGCAGAGACGGCAAAGCUAGGUUUCGAUAAGAGCGGGGGUGCCAACGCAAAAAGAUCGCCAUGGGUAUUGAUGGGCGGGAGCUACCCCGGUGCUCUUGCAGCGUGGCAGUCUGUCAUGACCCCAGGCGUCUUUGCCGCUCACCACGCCAGCUCCGCCGUCGUCCAGGCCAUCGAAGACUUUUGGCAAUACUUUACUCCGAUUGAGAAGGGCCUCCCCCGGGGCUGUGCCGCCGACAUCAAGCUCGUCAUCGCGAAGGUGGACGCCGAGCUUACCAGGGGCGACAAGACAAGAAUUGCCGCGAUGAAAAGGGAGUUCGGCCUGGAGUCGGUAGGGGAUAAUGGCGAUUUCGGACAUGUUCUGUCCCAGCCCAUUGCGCAGUGGCAGAAAGAUCGAGACGAGGUCUUCAAAUUCUGCAACUAUAUCGAAACAUUCGCGAACAAUGGCAGAGUCGAUCAGAGCCGCGUCAACUCCGGCGUCGGUCUGACGGCCGCGUGGAAGGGCUACACCAGCUACAUGCAGGGAAAGUGGAAGAACCCGUGCUUCAAGCGCCAAUGCGACUGGAACUACAACACGGACGCGCUUAACCCCAACCUCCUGACCGACGAGCGCAGCUGGCAAUGGCAGCUCUGCAACGAGCCGUUUGGGUGGUGGCAGGUCGGGCCGCCCAAUUCCGACGGCACCAACAUUGUCUCGUCACACUACCGACCGAUCCAUCAGCAGCGCACGUGCGACCUUUACUUCCCGGAGGUCAGGGGGUUCAAGCCCGCCAUAUCGGAAGGGUUCACUGCGACCCAGUUCAACGACUGGACGAAGGGCGGGUGGAACGCGCCGUUCCAGAAUGUCAUCUUCGUCGACGGCGAGUUCGACCCGUGGAAGUCGGCGACGAUGAGCUCGGAUUACCGUCCCGGCGGUCCGUCCAAAAGCACGGACAACACGCCCCGGUUUGUGAUCAAGGGAGGGGGUCAUGUCCCGGACUUUGUCGUCGGCGUAAGUAGGGAGGUUGCGACGGUGACGCAGAAGCAGGUGCAGAUCAUGGAGAAGUGGCUCAAGAACUGGAAGCCGAAGAAGACGUAA